CUUCUCCGCAAAGCGAACCUGCUGGCAUCCGCGCGUGUCGUCGCUUCAUUAGCGGCGGAACCGACGAGAGACAGAUAUAUAAACUAUAUACGAUACCAAGGGUCCGACUGGCACCACCAUGGCAUCUGUAGCCGACACAUCCCUGUUAUCAGCCGAGCUGCAGGAGGAGGAGGAAGAGGAGGAGUUCCGACGUCUUCUACUCCAGGCAACCCAGAAAAUCCAGAGCUCCGUGCCCUCUCCGGCAGAAUCCAAGCCUAUCCGUCCGCUCCCAGGAUUCUGUCUUAAAACCCACACAAGUUCCGGCGAGAAGGUCUUCGUGAACAUCUGCCGGUCUCCCCACAUCCCCCCACCUCCUGACCUGACCAACGAAGAGCUUGCCUGCCUCAUUGAGUCGGAGAACGCCUCCACCUUCAGGAUCCCCAUGAGCUUGGGAGAGCCCCACGUGGAAGUGGACAAGAGUGGGAAUGCUUGCACCGUGUAUGACGUCUCCAUCAGCACCACCUUUUACAACAAGAUGGAGAACAACCACUUCCUCAAAGAGUUCUUCAUCACGAUCGCCAUGGAAGGAUUGUCGGAGAAAUACAAGAUGGAUGUCAACAACCAAGAAUGGCGGAUUCUGAAGAACAGGAAGUUUAUGGGCUCCAUAGCCGAGCAGACCAUCCGCACCAAAUCCAAGCCUUUCAUCCAAGAGAUGGAUAGCAGCCAAGUCAAGGAGGAAAGCAGGAACCUUUUGCAGCCAUCAGCGUCACAAAGCUCGGCCACAGUUCCUGAAUUCACCAUAGUUGCUGAGCCAUCUAUCAGCCACGCUGACCGCCUGGUCGCGAAAAUCAGCCUCCCAAAAAUGACCUCAGUAAGAUCUCUCGAGCUGGACCUGGGAGAGGACCGCAUUGUGUUAAAGGGACACCCCCAGCUCUACCAUUUGGACGUCUUCAUCCCCUACAGCAUUGUUCCGAGGAGAGUGGGGCCCAGUUCCACAGAGGACAAAGGUGAGUAACUAGGA